AUGAAAGACCUAGGGCCUACUAGAAGAAUACUUGGCAUAGAAAUCAAGAGAGAUAGAAGAAAGGGAUUGUUAAAACUAUCUCAAUCAGGUUAUAUCAAAAGGAUUAUAGAAAUCUUUGGUAAAAAAGAUGCUAAAACUGUUUGCACUCCUACUGCUGCAAAUGUCAGAUUAGAAGCUGUCAAAGGUGAGUUAUCAAAUGAAGAGGCUACAUAUAUGGAUAAUCUUCCCUAUUCUAGUGCUGUGGGAAGUAUUAUGUAUGCAAUGAUAGGAACAAGGCCUGACAUUGCUUAUGGAGUUAGCCUUAUUAGCAGAUUUAUGAGCAAACCUGCCCGAUCUCACUGGCAAGUUGUUAAGUGGCUGCUGAGAUAUUUGAAGGGAAGUUCAGAACUAGGAUUAGAAUACAAAAGAGGAGAAAAACAAGUUAUAGGCUACUGUGACUCAGAUUAUGCUGCUGAUCUAGACAAAAGAAGGUCUUUAACUGAUUUUGUUUUUACAUUUGGUGGAAAUGUCAUUAGCUGGAAAUCAAACUUGCAACACAUUGUGGCUUUGUCUACCACUGAAGUCGAAUAUGUGGCUCUUACAGAAGCAAUAAAGGAGGCAAUAUGGCAGCAAGGUAUAACCAAAGAGCUAGAACUGAAUUCAGCAGAUACUAAGGUGUAUUGUGACUAA